AUGGCCAGCGUAAGUGACGAGGACGUUGCCGUUCCGGAUGAAACAGGUCGCCGAUCAACGCGUUCCAGACGAGGCAAAACCCCACAGCUAGCCGUUGCCCCAGCGCCGACCAGAUCGUCCCGGCGUACCAGAAAGGUGGACGCCGUACCGGAGGAGGUGGAAGAACAGGUGCAGGAGAAAACGGUUGCCGAAGAGAUGGACUCGGAUGAGCCGGACACAAACCAGGUUAUGGAGCAGCUGCAAGGGUUAAUCGUUCCAGUUUUGGAAGGCGAACAGCACAAAUUAACCGAGGAAGGGGGUUCUACGAACCUAUUUGAUCAGUUCCAUGAGCCUGAUGUCGUCGCUGAAAGGGAAGAACCAGCGGAGGAGGUUGUUACAGAAGAAAACCUAUUUCUGGCCGAUUUGGCUGCAGAAGAAAACGCCAACAGUCUGCCGUCAGCGCGAAGCGAACCUGCUGAGAUUGUUAUCGAAGAUAACGUCUUUUUGCAAGCUGAACUGGAAGCCCAACCGGCGUCCGAGUUAAACGGAGACCGUUCGGACGAUGUCACCGGCAGCAGUGACCAUGCUUUGGCCGAAGGUCUUGCAAACGGGUUCACCGAAGAAGAUUCCAAAAAUACAGAUCUAGAUGCGGAGAUGGUAUCCGAAGAUGAACUGCCCCCACCGGCGCAGACUCAAGUUCAGGACGCCGAGGAGGUUUCCGACGACGAGCUGCCCGGACCUCGGCUGGCCGAGCUACCAGCAGACGCGGAAGUAGUUUCCGAAGAUGAGCUGCCACACUCGUCGGAGAAGCUGGUUCCCGAACUGCCAACCGACACGGAUAACGUGUCCGAUGAGGAGUUACCGGCAGCCAAAAAGGCAGAGCUCCCCGCGGAUACGGAUAACGUAUCCGACGAAGAACUGCCGGCAGCCAAAAAAGCUGAAUUGCCAGCUGACACGGAUAAUGUUUCGGACGAAGAGCUACCGGCUGCAAAAAAGGCCGAGCUUCCGGCCGAUACGGACAACGUUUCGGAUGACGAACUGCCAGCUGCGAAGAAAGCCGAGCUGCCUGCCGACACGGAUAACGUUUCCGACGAAGAGCUUCCGGAAACCAAGAAGACCGAAACCGUGGCGGAUGACGAACAACCAAAGUCUAAAAAAAUGAAAAUUGCACAGGAAACGGUUGAAACACCACCGGUUUCGGAACCAGCAAGCAAACCAGCAGAUACGGUGGUUGCUGAAGGCGAAUCCGCAGCAAAGCCGAAGGACAAUGAAAAAGACAAAAAGGAAUCAACCAAGCGAAAAUUGGAGAAAGAGACAUCGGUAGAAAAGGCGGUCGAAGCACCGGAAAAGAAAACCAAAGUUGAUCCUCCUCCAGAGCCGGAAAAGAAAAAAUUACCCGAUUUGGACAAAUAUUGGAAAGCCGUCAACGAUGAUUCAUCCGAUUUUACCGCCUGGACCUAUUUACUGCAAUAUGUAGACCAAGAGAAUGACAUCGAGGCGGCCCGCGAGGCGUACGACGCCUUCCUGGCGCACUAUCCGUACUGUUACGGCUACUGGCGCAAGUACGCCGACUACGAGAAACGUAAGGGCAGCAAGCGCAAGUGCGAAGAGGUGUUCGAGCGGGGACUGAAGGCGAUUCCACUGUCGGUCGAUCUGUGGAUUCACUAUCUGACUCACGUGCGGACGAAUAAUGCCGACGAUGAAACGCUGAUCCGGUCGCAGUUCGAACGGGCACUGGCCGCUUGCGGGCUGGAAUUCCGCUCCGACAAGCUGUGGGAGGCGUACAUCAAAUGGGAAAGUGAAGCGAAACGGACGGACCGGGUGGUGGCACUGCACGACCGACUGCUAGCGACACCCACCCAGGGCUAUGCCAACCACUUCGAUCAUUUCAAAGAGGUAGUCAACACCUAUCCGGUUCACACGCUGGUCAGCAAGGAAGAGUUUCUCGAGCUGCGUGCGUACGUGCGGGAAUCCGCUCGCAAACGGAAGGAGGAAAAGGAAAAGAAACGUGCCGGUUCGCACGAUAAAGACAAAGACCGCAAAGCGGCGGACAAAGAAAAAGACAAACAUGACGAGCAUAAGUCGUCGUCGAAGGGGAAGGACAAACGCGACAAAAGUCAGGAACCGGAGCCUAAGGAGAAGGAUGAAUCAGCGGAGGGGGCGGACGCAAAACCGGAGUCAACGACGACGAAGGAGGACGAAAAGGAGAACAAAGAACCACCGGUGGAGGAAAAAUCCGACGAAAAGAUGGACGUGGAUCCGGAGGAGGAAAAGGAAGCCGAUGACCAUGUGAACAGUCCGGAGGAAGCCGAAGCCAUCAAGGAUAAGAUUAUUUCUCGCAGAAAGAAGAUCCACAAGGCGACGGUCGCGGCCGUGACGGCCCGGUGGACCUAUGAGGAAGGUAUUAAGCGGCCAUAUUUCCACGUUAAACCGCUGGAACGUUGCCAGCUGAAGAAUUGGAAAGAGUAUCUCGAUUUUGAGAUUGAGCAGGGGGAUGAAAAGCGCAUUCUGGUGCUGUUCGAGCGGUGUUUGAUAGCGUGCGCGCUGUACGACGACUUUUGGCUCAAGUUGAUUCGCUAUCUGGACGGCCGGUCGGACGAGCCGGAGAUGAUUCCACGGGUUCGGGAUGGUUACGAGCGUGCCUGUACCAUUCACCAUCCGGACAAGCCGAGUCUGCACAUGAUGUGGUCCGCCUUCGAAGAGACGCAAGGCAACGGGAACAAAGCGGCGGAAAUUCUUGCCAAUCUGGAGAAGGUCUGUCCGAAUCUGAUGCAGGUCGGGUACAGGCGGAUCAAUUUGGAACGUCGUCGGGGAGAUUACGACAAGUGCAUUCAGCUGUAUCAGAGCUAUCUGGCGCAGGCCAAGAACCGGACGAUCGCCGGCAAUGUUGUGAUCAAGUAUGCACGAUUUCUCAAUAAAAUCAAGAAAGAUUUGAACGGGGCACACGAGGUGCUGCGAAACUAUCUGGAGAAGGAUUCCUCUAACACGCGCGUCGCGCUGCAGUUGAUUGAUCUGUGUUUGCAGCGGGAAAAUGUGGAUGAGAAGGAAGUGUUGGACAUCAUGGAUCAGUUCAUGUCACGCGACGGCAUCGAACCGGAUCAGAAGGUACUGUUUGCUCAGCGGAAGGUCGAGUUUUUGGAGGAUUUCGGUAGCACAGCCAAGGGUCUGCAGGAGGCGCAGAAAUCGUUGCAACUGAUUAUGGCUAAGGCGAACGAGGCGAAAAAGAAGAGGGAGCAAUCACCACCGAAGAAAACCCCCGCGAAGGAAACCUCCUCGACGACCGCGGUGGCCGGUACCAGCUCGACAACUAGCUACGCCGCCGGAAGCUACAGCUACGCCAAUCCGUCGUACUACGGAACGACCGCCACCCAGUCCAGUCAGUAUCAGUACGGGGACAGCUCAUCCUAUGGUUACAGCACCUGGAAUCAACAAUAUUCCCAGCCCGGCUACGGCGGGUACAACCAGUGGGGUGGUUACGGAAGUUAUUACUAAUCUCUUCGGAUCUUUUACCCAACCACACCUUGCUUCUUGGUUCUAUAACACAACUUGCAUACAAAAAAAAAACAUCCGUAAUAUUGUUUUAUAGUAGGAUUAAAACUUCAACCUUAUCUUAUUCCUUUGAAAGAGUCACGUUUGAUUUAUCGUAAAAAUAAUAGUAGAAAGGGACUUAAAAGCGCAGAGUUCUGCCCACAAUUUGAAGGUUAAUUUUAAAGCAUACGGACACACACACACGAGACACACAUACAAGACCAUAGAAUAAACAAAACACUGGCUAACAACAGCUGAACAAUUGUUUUUGCUCAUGUUUUUAAUUUCUCGCUUCUCCUGCUGCUGGUCCUCCCCCAGUUAGGGGGAGGAGGGAGGUGGAGAAACCCAAUAUACGUGUUGUAGCAACAUAACGCACGAUAAAUAUUUUUAGAAAGGGGUAAUCAAACAAACAAAAAAAUAAAUGCAU